GCUGCGAAGUAUGGGCAUGAGGCGGUUGUUAAGCUGCUUCUCAAUACUGGCAAGGUUGAUGCAGAUCUUCGGGACGAGUAUGAACGGACAGCGCUGUAUAUGGCGGCAGAGAAUGGGUAUGACGCAGUUGUUAAACUACUUCGCGAUACUGGCAAGGUUGACGCAGGUGCUAAGGAUAAGAAUAGACAGACAGCGCUGGAUUGGGCG